AUGGCCGAAGAGGAAUGUCUAAUCCAAGUCUCGUCUUUUCUUCUUUAUGCUGCGAUAUCCAGUAGCUUACCAUCGAGGCACGAUGGGCGAAAAGGCCAAUGGGGGCCUCGCAGCUUGGGGGUCUACCAUUGGGAUCUUAACGCGGGACAUCAAACCGAAGCACGAGAAGGCCACAACAAAAGCCCCAUGAGGCUAUAA